UUGUGCCUACUUGUUACUUGAAACUUCGAAUGUUUAUUGUAAAUAAAUGAUAAGAAAUAAUGUUUGUUGUAAACAAUUUAUUUGAAUUUUCUUAAAUAUGUACAGUAGAUUAAAAUACUCUUAGUUUUACAAGAUGUUUAGUUACGAUGUUAAGUUUCUCACAUGUGACGACACUGUUUUUGUGAAAAACAGUGACCUUAAAAGUUAUAAAUAUGACGCGAAAAAGAAGCUAGACGAAACGGUAUAUGACAAUGGGAAAAGAACGUAUCAUGAGCGACGUGGUGGUCAUGCUCGAGCCUCAAGAGUGAACCACAUAAGGCAGUUGGAAUCGAAGCUUCGGGAUCGGAAUAUCGUUGCAAGUGAAUGGAUAAACGAUUCUCUCGCAACCAUAGUAUUUUCGUCGGGUGUAAUUGCUCACAUCACUAUAAACCCCAAUACACUUGAUGUCACACAAAUUCUGUUUGAUAGAUAUUGUGUCGGCAAAUUAAUGGGAAACACCGUAACUGGCGUUGUUUUAUCUGUAAGUCAUAUAUUGUUUAUACAUCCUGAAAGAAUAGCUACUCUUAUUGUAUUUGGAAAGAAAAAUGAACAUGUGCCAUGUCGUAUUUCUGAUAGAGAUCCACAUUUACAGAGUUUAGAUUUAGGUGGAAGUUCUCGUAAAACAGAUAGACAUGUAACCUGGUGUCAGAGCAACACAGGCAUCCGGGUCCUGGUCUGGAGCAACAACAUUGCAGACCCAGCUCCAUGGAGUCCUCUCCUAGAAGAUCAUGCUAAUUUACAUCUGUAUAGUAUUGAAGGGCAACAAGUAUCACUUAUCGCCUUUCACCAAAUUGAGGGUGAAGUCUUGUUUGCAGAACUGUCACAAAAGAAUAACUCAGUCCAUAUUGUUGAACAAGCAGCAUCCCAAAAGAAUGGUGUUAAUCUUUUUUGGUUAAGGUAUGAUAUACCCAAAUCAGACAGAGUGAUACAAUUGUCUAGUUUACAUGAAAAAGUAACUCAAGUCUCAUUAUCAUCGCCAGUACGUAUCGCAAGACGAUCGCGAUGUGAUGCUCGAUUGUUAACUGCCUGUAUUGAUGGGUCCAUGCAUAUUAUACAUCACGUGUCUGGUCUUACUCACUCAAUACGAGCAGGUUUUAUAGCAACAGAUGUCCGGUGGGCUGGGGAAUUGGUUAUCGCGAGUGAAGAGUCUGGCCGUUUGCAAUGCUUUGACCGCGCUCUCUCUCUCUUACACCACCACAGCAAGUGUCUGGAUCUCACCUCAUAUUUACGAGAUACACGGCGAAUACAGAUUUUGGGGACACGCUCUUUUAAAGGUGGACCACUAAUACUUGCAACGUUUUCCGGCGGACCUUUAACACUCUUACGUAUAUGUCAUCCACGUUUACUUACAGCUUGGUUACGAUCAGGGCGACCGUCAAACGCAAUAGAAUUACUGAAAACUUUGGACUGGGAGGAGGAAGGUGACCAAUGCUUACAUGGGAUUAGUGAAAUUAUGAUCAGUACGUUGCGCCGAAAUAACUUUGAUGUGAAUGCUGAAACUGCAAUACAAGGGGCUCUGGGUGUAUAUUUAGCGCCGGCAGCACCUUUACCCUCCUCAGCUAGUCGAUAUUCGCCGCCUAUUCACGAUCUGGCUAGGAAAUUCUUUCAUCACUUGUUGAGACGUGGUCGAAUAGAAAAGGCAAUGAGUUUAGCAGUAGAACUAGAAGCGUGGGAUCUCUUCGCGGAUGCCCAGUGGGCGGCAACAAGGUCGAGACAACACCAGCUUGCACAAGAAGCAGCCGCUUGUGCCGCGCAUUAUGCGCCUCGCACUCGCCACCCAGAUUCAGAAUGUUCGGAUUCCUGUUCGCAAUGCAGCUCAUAUUCAGAAUCUGAAGACGAACAUACGCAAAAUGGAAACAGAAAAACUAAUCCUCCUCCCCUACCUCGAGUACCUUUCUCGCAUCCGACUGUAUUACCCGUUCCUAUCGCACAAAAUGACCCACCGUCAACUAAUAGCAUACGACCUAACCUUCACCAAUACCUAGAAAGAGACAAUACUAUAUGGACCACUAAUAUUAAAGACGACAGUUAUAUUAGCAAAACUUACGAUAAAGACUUCAAACCAUCAGUAAGCCAACAAAAUAUGAGAUGGAAUAGUGUGGAUGUGCUAAAUUUCAACAUAAGCACAUCAAGAAUAAGUGAGGGUUUUGUAAAACCGACUUCUGAAGUGAUGCAAAAGCCAUAUAAUGAAAGAAUGGCAUCGACACACUUCAACCAUCUAUUUCGGGCAGAAUUAAAGGAUGAUGUGCCAAAUACGUAUAGAUAUACUAGCAACUUACAUUUGUCUAAUACAAACUUUAAUGAGAGAUAUCGGCAGGAUAAAACUGUAUGGCCGGGCAGUAGACCACCGGAGAAGAAUAAAGUUAAAUUCUCAGAUACUGUCACAAUCGCCGUUGUUCCUGAGCAACCGCAAUCGGAAGGAGCCCGCGAGCUAGCGGACAGCCUGCCGCUCUGUCCCCCGAACAAGUACCUCGCGGCGUUCGCGCCGCAAGCGAGCAAACAGCAGUUCGACGAGCCGCGGCCUCCGCUCGGUACAACCCUCGACUACGUUGAAGUGUGACGCAUGUUAGCACGCAUGAUUGCAUGAUACUAAACCGUUUGUUAUGUAUGGCGACGCCCAACGUAAUCCACCAAAAAUCAAAGUUGUACAUUUUGGUAUGGUGUGAUGCAGUUUGAAUAUCUUUAUAAGAAUUUAUUAUUUUUUUAAGUACCUAUUCUAUCCGUCUAAACUCCAACUUUUGUAGUAUUUGUUGAAAUAUCCAUACAUUCCCAUGGUUGUGAUAUAAGGUUCUUUAGGAGAGAUUAUUUAUAUUAAGACGUUUUAUACAAUUGCUGUCGCGAUAUAUGAAUGCAUAAGUAUCGCACAUACUUAUUAAUGAUAACAUAGAUGUGUGUUUGUAAUAUCCGCUGUGAUAAUCAAAAACAACAAAAUACACACGAUCGUCAAGAAUGUAGAAAGACGAAAUAUAUUUUUUUAACAAUCUACAUUAUAUUAUUGUUGUAACUUCUCAUUAAUUGAAAUUGUAUAAAUGUUUACUUUUCCCAUCUAUUGGCUAUUCUUGAAUCUCAAAAAUAUAAAUAUCUACUUUUACUGUACUAGUAAUAUGGAAGCUACCUCUGAUAAAAUUGUAAUAAUAAGAAUAAAUUUAAUUUUUAGUUUUAUAGCAUUAAAAUGCUUUUAUAAAUGAGAAAUUUUGAAAGAAUAGAAAAAAAUUGAUCACGAGGGGGGAUAAAUUUCUAUGUGCCUUCUUAUGUUAUAAUUGUUUUAAGAGUGCUAUAGGUUGGAUCUGCCUUAACUUAGAUCUUGGGCUUCCAUUAAACAUGAAGAGUUGGUGUUUUUUGUCGUAAUAAAAAUUAAUUUUAUACAAGAAC